CUCACUCGAAGCAGCCCACAUUACAUUUUACAUUGCCCACAAAACCUAAAUCUCAAACAAAUAAUAAUUACUCUCCUCUCUCCCCCCUUCUCCAGCAAUCAACUCCGUAAGCUCAACUUCCAAACACACAGCUUCUCUCUCUCUCAUAUAUAUAAAGAUGCAUAGCUGAUAAGAAAGAUUUGGAGAGAAAAGACAGUAAGAUUCAGAGCUUUCAAGAGAAAAGAAGAGUUUGGGUUGCGUUUCUUGGAAUGGGAAAAGGCUUCAGACUAGUAACCAGUCUUCUUCUUCUCUCCCUUCUCUUCUCAGGUACAAAGGCUAAUAGUGAACCAAUAGGAGAAGAAAAAGACAUAACCACACCAUUAGCCACAAACCCAACCACAACCGCAACAACCGUCGUCCCUAACUCCAACUCUGACGCUUCCGCAGUUGCCACAACGCCACUAACGAUUCCAUCAUCGCCACCACGCGUUGCAGCCCAGCCUGGCGAAAGCUGGUGCGUGGCGAGAGAAAACGCAGCAAAAAUGGCGUUACAAGCGGCUUUGGACUACACGUGUGGGAUCGGUGGAGCAGACUGCUCAGAGAUUCAAGAAGGAGGAAAGUGUUAUAACCCAAACUCGUUGAGAGCACAUGCCUCUUUUGCAUUUAACAGUUAUUACCAGAAGAAUCCAAUCCCUAGUAGUUGCAAUUUUGGUGGAACUGCUGUCACUAUCAGUGGUGACCCAAGUGUAGGAUCAUGCCACUUUCCGUCUACAAGCACGAGUGAAUCGAUACUGAACAUAACAAGUGAAGAUGGAUUAGGGCUUUUUGGGAGACCGUCACACCCAACUCCCAAGCCCGAAGCUUCAAGCUCCUCUUCCUCAACUUUCUCAUUUCUCUACUUCUACUAUCGUCUUAUUUGCUUUUGUUUUUACAUCCCUUUGUUAUUAUCACCUUAAUUUAGUUAUGUGAAAUCUAUAUAUCAAAAAAUAUUUAGGCUAAAGUCUAUGU